AUGCAGGCAUUGGCUGAGGAGGAGGAGGAGGUGGAUGAGGAGGAGGAGCCGACUUCUGGAGGCGAGCGAUCUGAGGAUGAUGAAGAUGGGUUGGACUUCGCCACGGGUAGAAUCGACUUCAAAGACCCUCCUAGUGUGUCGAGGAAGCCCAAGGAUGGUUUAUCCCGGACUGGGCGGUAUGCUGGAGUGGAGUCGGUGAGCUUACACGCAGUAGCCGAGGUGGAGGACUUGAUCUACACGCGAAGCAAUCUGGCGGAUACUCUCAAUUCGGUGGGGGGGGUUGCCUCUGAUCGUGAGAGCCGUGCGGGUAGGGAUGAUGAUGUGAAGGUGCGACAGGGCAUGUCUAUGAAGGAUAUAAGGGCUGGUAGGGUCGAGAGGGCGACAGUGACAGGAGGGACCUUAGAUGAUGCGGAAGUGAGGGAGGCUGACUUGACGGCCAAGGCACAAGCGGUCGUGCCGGACGAAGAGAGGGCAGUCAAACAUCGUAAGGGGGCAGUCAAACGUCGUAAGGGGGCAGUCAAACGUCGUAAGGGGGCAUUCAAACGUCGUAAGGGGGCAUUCAAACGUCGUAAGGGGGCAGUCAAAGGUCGUAAGGGGGCGGUUAAAGGUCGUAAGGGGGCAGUCAAACGUCGUAAGGGGGCAGUCAAAGGUCGUAAGGGGGCGGUUAAAGGUCGUAAGGGGGCAGUCAAACGUCGUAAGGGGGCAGUCAAAGGUCGUAAGGGGGCGGUUAAAGGUCGUAAGGGGGCAGUCAAACGUCGUAAGGGGGCAGUCAAAGGUCGUAAGGGGGCGGUUAAAGGUCGUAAGGGGGCAGUCAAACGUCGUAAGGGGGCAGUCAAACGUCGUAAGGGGGCAGUCUAG